CGAUGUCGCAGUUUGGUUCUGUUUCCGUUCUGUUCUGUCACCUGCGUCCCUCAUAUUUUUAUUUAUUCAUUCACACAAAGUUAACAAUUUAAUUUGCAUGUGUAAUUAGCUGGUACUGUUGAAUGAGAGUAAACGAGACUGAGAAAUAUAAUAGGAUGGGCUUUGGAAAAUAAGUAAGGAGGUAUUCUGAUUUUUAUUGUUUUGUUAUUGUUAAUUAAUAUUCCUGCGAUGGUGGAGGAGGCUGCGAGCCCUUACCCUAGACCCAAGAGCAAAACAGCUAGACCAAGACCGGUUUACCUGUGGAAUGUACUUGACGUGCAGAAGUGGCUCAGGAGACACUGCAGUGACUAUUAUCAGCUCUAUCACGAGAAGUUUUUGUACCAUGAUAUAACGGGUCGAGUCUUGCUCAGAAUCAAUGAGAAUAUUCUGCUGAGAUUGGGAAUCGUGAAUGAACAACACAGGAUGGAUAUUUGGCGUGAAAUAAUGAAGCUUCAUCUCAAGACAGACAUCCUCGAAAUCAGGGACAUCGAGAGGAGAAAUAAUAUGAAUUACGACUGACUGAUUAUGAAUAUUUUUUACUAUAUCUCUUGGUGAUUAUUAUCAUAGCUGUAUUUCUUUUUAUUAAAUCUCCAGUUUACAUGGA